GUCAGGGCCCAGCGCGCGGGUGGGAGCUGCCGGGGCGGGGCAGCAGGCCAGGCCGCGGGGCUGGCUCUCCCCGCCUCACGCGGCUGCUCCCUCUCGAAAGGCGCUGGAGGUCCCGAUGGCGGCGGCCCACGGGGCCACGGCCCUGCCCACCUGGCUACAGCCCAGGUAUAGGAAGAAUGUCUAUCUUUUCAUCUAUUAUUUAAUCCAGUUCUGUGGCCAUUCAUGGAUAUUAACAAAUAUGACAGUCAGAUUCUUUUCAUUUGGAAAAGAUUCAAUGGUUGACACUUUUCAUGCUAUUGGACUUGUGAUGCGGCUUUGCCAAUUGAUUUCUCUCCUGGAGUUGCUGCACAUUUGUGUUGGCAUUGAAUCAAACCAUCUUCUUCCUAGGUUUCUUCAGCUCACAGAAAGAAUAAUCAUCCUCUUUGUGGUCAUCACCAGUCAAGAGGAAGUCCAAGAGAAAUCUGUGGUGUGUGUUUUAUUCAUCUUUUGGAACCUGUUGGAUAUGGUUAGGUACACUUAUAGCAUGUUAUCGGCCAUAGGAAUAUCCUAUGCAGUGUUGACGUGGCUCAGUCAAACACUGUGGAUGCCGAUUUAUCCUCUGUGUGUUCUUGCUGAAGCAUUUGCCAUCUAUCAGUCACUGCCUUAUUUUGAAUCAUUUGGCACUUACUCUACCAAGUUGCCUUUUGACUUAACUAUCUAUUUCCCAUAUGUACUGGAAAUAUAUCUCAUGAUGCUUUUUAUAGAUAUCAGCUCUCUGAGACAUAUUCAUCUUUUAAUCCCAGGAUCAAGAACACAAGUCACCUUCAAUGAAUGAAUGCAAGUAUGAGGUUUUCUCUCCACCCUACCCUUAACUGUAAGCAAGUUGUUGCUGUUUUUAUCAUCAUUUUUAAUCUGAGCCUGAGCUAGCCUCAAUCUUUGAGACCUGCAUCUGACUGAGAUAUGGGCUUAGUAUGAUAGCCUGUGCUGUGAUUCAAAUUUCACUUAAAUCCACUUCAAUUCUACAGCAGGGUUUGCUGAAGAGGAAAUGGCUGUCUAACCUGAUAAGCAGGUGGCUGCCAACCUCACCUUCUGAGACUGUUCCUUCCACGGCUCCUUUUGUAGCAGAAGAGGCAUGCUACUGGGAAGCAGAGUGAGAGCCUCCUGCAGAGUGACCCUGUGCAUUGGACUUCUGCCAAGAAAGCUUGAUGCUGGCCCAGCCGAGCCACUUUCUUGAUGCCAUGGCAACCAGCUAGCACUGAGGCCAAGGAGGAGAGGGGCAUCGUGGUCUGCCCAUGCAACCACUGCUGUUGCAAAUAUCAGCAACAAGAAGUCCAGAGCCUAAAAUGGGAGUAUAAACAAUAUUGAAUCUCAUGUCUUAACAAUUCAAGAAACAUGUUCACAGAAAUAGUCCCUACCAUGAAGAAAUGUUACCUUUCCCUUCACCCAACUCUUUCCUCCUGCCUACGUGCCUCUCGGAAGAGGAACUGGACUGAACAGCAAACUCAAUUUCCAAGCUUAAUGAAGAGAUAUUUUAGGACUUUGGAAGGCCUUAAGGGAUCCCUUUUUGUAUAGACAAAAGGCCCAACAGUUUCAUUAUUUCUCUAACAGUUCAGGAGAAUUAUAAUUUAUUCAAUUCUUGAUCACCCUGAGAUCCAGGCACUCCUCUGUUCAGUGUUUGCAAAGAGAUUAAGAAAUUAAUUAAGAGUGACAUGGAGAGAGACAUUUAGAUUUAUAGUGAUGUGCCCAAAACUGAUUUUUAAAAAUACAGUCUGAUUCCAUUCUUGAGCCAAACAACUUUCCUUAUAUAUGUAUCUGUAUAGAAUCCAUCCAUUUAGAUUUUAAACAAAUCUAGAAACAUAGAAAUGGUGGUAAUAGGGGUCACCUCUGGGUUGUUGGAUGACUGAGAUUUGAAUUAUACUACUUUCUGUUUAUCUGUAUUCACGAAGUUUUUAGAGAUAGGUUUGUAAGAAAACAGAAAGUUAACAAAGUCAGAUCAGAAGAAAAGAGGACAGAAUAUGCUAUUCCAAAAAAGAAAGUUUAAAAUACACCAUUCACUCUCUUAAAAUUCUAACCUCACUAAUUAAAAUUUCAAAAAGAUGGGCAACUCUUCAGAAAAUCUGGGAAGAGUUUCAAACCAUGUCCCAGGUUAUGCAAAUUGUACUCACAUAGUCACACAGGACAUCCAUGAAACAUGCUGACGGAAAAAACAUCUAUUAAUUGCAUAGUGGCCAGUUAAGAAAAUGAAGAAGAGAAAAAACAGUCUUCAUUUUUAUAGAUCUUUUUCUUUUUUUUAUGCCACCCAAUACCAAUGGUUUGUAAUUUGGUGGGGGGCGGGGUGUUUAAGGUCAUUUUAUAGGUGUGCUUAAAAACUUGCCUCUGGUAUAUAAGCACAUGCAAAACAGUUCUGGCGUGCAUACAGAUUAUUUGUAUAACUUCAGUUUGAGGCUAAGUUAUGGGCCAGUAUAGAGCCAGAGUCCUGUAUUCCCAUGUCCAUUGUGGGUCAAGCCCAAGUGCACAGGCACCCAGGAUCCCUUUCCAGCUGGUAGCCUUUGUGUUCUGCCUGUUGCAGAACCUGGUCUGUUGAAAGUAUCUUUCAAUGGGCAGCCCUGAGUGUUUCCCAGAUCAAGUAAGAACACCCAUUUCCUUAUGGCAUCAGAGUUAUCACCACUUUUUCACAAAAAUAAAAGGAAGGAGGGAAAGAACAGCUACAAGCAACACUAUAGUCAUCUUUGGGAGAGAAAAUAAAAGUUCUCAUUUAAGGGAGCUACAAAUUACUACCAUAGAUUGUACCUCAUCAAGAGCAACAUUCUGAACAGAUGUUGAUUGGUAAGCGACAUUUCUAAUAUAACCCAUCAGUUCCAAAAGCCACUCCAUUCUCUUCAACACACCUGAAAUGAAACGGACAAUUUGUUACUAGAACCAUUAUUUUCCUUUGAAAUGUAAAACAGAUCAGCAAUAACCAUCAAAAUUAAAGCAGAACACCUGGUGAGGAUUCCAUUAAACAGUUCAAGUCCUCUUGUAAUACCUGAGACUCCAGCUGCAUGUGAGAGAGUGCCCUGACACUAUCAACACCAGAUGACUGGAUUUGGGUCUUUAUUUUUAAAAGCUAAUUUAUUCUUCAAACCUAACAAACUGCUAACAAUAAAAUGCACUUACUCACGUUUCUCUCUCAGCAUUAAACAUGCUAGGAGAAAUCUGGCAUGCUGACUAGCCAGUAAUGUUGAAUCUUGAGUUAUUAAGUUGUUUUUAUAGUUCUCCCUUGCAGUAGGGUUCCAAGUUUACACCAAAAUCACAGAGAAAACCUAUCCCAAAGACGUAAAAAGAAAAAUAGACCCAGCCAUUAAAGGGUAACUGGAGAACAAACAUGAGCAUAAAUAUUGACAUUUUUCCUUUUCUAUUUUUUAAAAAUAAGGAUUCUCAGCACAAGAAAGACUACUUUGGAAGGUUUUCAAAAAAUGCAGUGAAUAAGAAAAUCAAUGGGAACUACAUGUGAGGGCCGACUAGUUGGAACCAAGAGCAAUAACAAAUUUAUUUUAGUGCAUAUGUGUCUUCAUGUUUAAUUGGAACACCUACUAGAUUUCUUCCUGAUAAAUACACUUCUGGUUUAAAGUAAGAAAUUCAGUUUCUCAACAUACGUUCAUUUUUCAGUGGGCAGGCACUCAUACAGUCACAAAAUAACUGUUUCAACUGCCAAAGAGGAGGAUGAAUCAAAAUGUCUUAUACAGAGGGAGCAGGAUCUAAGAUGGCGGCAUAGAGAGGAGUGGAAGCUAAGUAGUCCCCCUGGAACAACUGAAAAAAAAACAAACAACUAGUAAAUAAUCCGGAAUAACUGUGGGGGGACAAACAUGACCGUC